UUCGUCCCCGAAACCAUCCACGCAGAAAACCUGACCUCAAAAUUAAAUCAGUUCUUAGGAUUUCAAGUUUCAAUAUUUUAAACCCAACCCCAAUUUUCAAUUAAAAUCUCGGCUGCACUCUUUCUAAUCAAAUCAUCUAACCUAAUUUUACAGUGAUAUGAAGAUUUCUCGCAGUGUUCGAAUUGAGGGUUCAAACAAUUGCUUUGGGUCCUAGCUUAGGAAUUGCUCAAGUCCCCGGCAUUGGUCUGGUGUACGCUGAUCUCACAUCUGGAAUCCCUGCAAACUUCUCGCAUUUCGUCACCAAUCUUCCUGGCUUCCACCAAGUACUCAUUUUUGUUUGUGUGAAGUCUGCACCUGUCCCUUUCGUGCCUCGUUCUGAGAGAUACCUAGUCGGUCGUGUGGCACCACCAACCCAUUGAUCAUACAGGUGCAUUGUUCACUAUCGUGAUGUUCACCAAGACGUUCACUCAAUUGAAACGGAGCUUGUUGACCAGCUGGCUGAUGACAGUUUGAUUGGUCUCGAACUCAUCACAAUGCAAGCCCAAGCUUCCAAGACGUUGUCUCACACUCUGCUGAAAAUACAAGCGAGUGUUAAUUCAAUUAACAAGCGAGUGCAGAUUGACGGUGAUUCGCGUGGUAGCCUUUUCAACCCCACCGGCUUACGAAAUGGAGGAGACUAUGGAGCCAGCGAGUGUUUCUGUUGGAGUCGAAACAGUAGAGAGUAUGACAGAUGUUAUUGAGAUGGAGCAAACUGGUCUUCAGAGAAGAGUAGGGUUUGCAAUUGACAAUGAAUCUGAAAGAGAUGAAAGAUUUGAAACUGAUGUGCAACUGAGGGGAGAACUGGAAGAUUUAUUAGCAGCACAACAAGCUGAUUCUGCAUUCAUACUUGGUCACUCAUACAUGAAAGUGAAACAAGGAUCGUCUAUCUUUAAGAGAGCAGCUAUUGAUGUUGGUUACGAUUUCAUGAGUAAGAAUUCCAUGGGACCAGAUGUGGUGCUUAGAGUUCCGCCUGUUUCUACCCUUGAAGUUGGUAUCGUAUGCAUUGUAUAAGCAAUAGCUGGUUUGUAGUGCACAUAAGUUUACAUACUAAAUUUUAGAAUAGGCAAAAGCAGAUUGUAAGCUUUUCUGUCUGAAUCUGUUUAUAUAUGUAAUGUGUUAAUUAUCAAAAAAAAAAAAGAAGAAGUAUAUAUGAUGCA